AUUGACGUAAUAAAUUUGUGGUCCAUUUUCAUUUUCCCCAGUCGAGUUCAGUAAUUUUUUCUAUUUGUUGCAAUUUUGCAAAAAUUCCAAAAAAAAUUAGAAAAACAAAUAAAUAUCAUGAAAUAGUAAAAUUCGAAGUUAAUAAAUAGCCAGCACCACGUCGAUUUUUAUUGCGAGUGCGAGUGCGUGUGUUGCUGCAAUAAUUCGUUCUAGUAAAGGGGCGGGAGUGAAAGUUUAUUGUGCACUUGCUGGUCAUAACUGUUCCGUGUUUCUUUGUUUGCCUGCGACUAAAAAGCGCUAUUAGAAAUUGUCAAAGCGUGUGAUAAUCGAAUGCAAUUUGCAAAGCACCUUAUUGAUUGUUAUUUUGUUAUUCGUAGUAUUUCCGACUACAUAUAUGCAUACAUAUUUGAUUUAUCUUUAAAUAUUCGUAGGCACACACAAUUUUGAGGUACGGAGAGUCAAGGACAUUAUUUCGACAUUGCCUGUGUUUAAUUAAUCCCAUUUGCAUUUGUUUUUGUAUCCUUUCCGCUUGAUGCUGUUUGCAUUCCCGCUGGUAUAUAUUUGUGCCCUUGGCCGAAAAAACGCGUCUACGGCCGCAGUGUCCUACAGUCUAAAGCUAUCCCUCAUCAGUUUCAAAUAUAAAAAUAAAAAACAAAGGUUGUAAGUGCGGCUUAGCCUUCAGUAGUAGCAGGAAUAAUCCUAAUAAGACGGGUAUUGGGUUUCCAAUUAGACUUCGAAGGAUAUAAUAAAAGUAGAUUCCGAAAAUUUGUUCUGUUAACUGUCGACCAUACAGGUGUGUGUACUGUUGUAUCGUGUAUUGUAGCCAAAUCGCUCAAGUUUAUCUUUAGCGCUCACAGUACUGCUUUGCCAGCCCAAGAAAUGUGCGAUUCCGAUGCGAGCAAAGUACAAAAGUGGAUAUGCGACUAUUGCACCUAUGAAAAUUUUCCUUCCUCCCUUAAAUGCACCAUGUGCAAGGGUGCGAAACCACUGCUGAAUGAGGAUAUAUUUCGGUUGAGUCCACCACAAACUGCUUUCGAUGGCGAGGAGGAGCGCGGUGCAACUGCCGAUGUGGUCGAGGCGUCCAGCCUCAAUGCAUGCUAUACUCAAUCGCGGCAAGAUGUUUCCUCCACAUUACCCGCUACAGCCUCCCCAUCUACUUUGGCUAAAUGGUCCUGCAAAAUGUGCACCUAUUUAAAUUGGCCAAGAAGUUUACGCUGCGUACAAUGUUGUUCUAAACGUGGUACUACUACUGUCGACCUCAACGUAGAUCAACAGGUUUGCAAUAGUGGAGAAGCCGCAGCAGUGGCUUUAGCAUCAACUGGGAAUAUAGAUACAAUUGAUUGUCCGCAAGGAUACAUGGAUAAAAGAUCAAAGUCUGCAGAGUGUAGAGAAACAAAGGCUACUGCUAAUAUUACCAACACUAAUACAGUUUCUUCUAACAAUCUCAAAGAUCAGUUAAAUGCUUUACGUAUCACUAACGAUAUGGAAUUGAAUGCUAGUAAUAUUGCGGAAUCACAAAAGAAUGAGGCAGGCAGUCAUACUGCAGAAAUUCACAAAAAAACGAGUAACAGCUAUAUUCAAUCGGUAGGUGCUGCUUCAAAUAGAUUGAGCACUUUUGAACAGUCGUCCACUACUAAUAUGAUAACCGCCGCGCCUACUACAACUGUAAACACAACUCACUUAAAUAAUCUUGCGAAUUCGUCGCAGCAGCAGCAACAAUCGCAGCACAAUCAGUCGUCCACAUCUCUGCAGAACUGUUAUGUAGCGAAAUGGGCCUGUAAUACAUGUACUUAUGAAAAUUGGCCAAAAAGUCUUAAAUGUUCUAUGUGUGGGGAGCCGCGUGAUGGAAAUACUACCAAUAUACCUUCUUUGGGAGACAGCAACGCCAUCACUGCAACAUCCGGUUCGGGUAGCAAUAAAUUCCUCAAUGUAAAGGAUGAAAAUCAUGAUAUGACGGUGUCAACGAAUAAUUCAUUCAACAAGAAACAUAUUUACCAACUGGGUUCUUCUGAGACUAUAAACAACUGUGAUACGGUACAAGAGCGUCAAGAACGGCGCCAGCGUCAAAUUAGAAGACAAGUUGACUGGCAAUGGCUGAAUGCCUGUCUUGGCGUUGUGGAGAAUAACUACAGCGCAGUAGAAGCAUACUUGUCCUGUGGUGGUAAUCCGGCACGUUCUUUAACCGCGACGGAAAUCGCUAUCUUAAAUCGCAAUUCAGCGUUCGAUGUAGGUCAUACGCUUAUUCAUUUGGCGAUACGCUUUCAUCGAGAAGAGAUGUUGCCCAUGUUACUUGCACAGAUCUCAGGAUCUGGGCCUGGUAUUAAACGUGUACCUUCCUAUGUCGCUCCAGACUUAGCCGCUGAUAUACGAAGACAUUUCGCUAAUACACUACGCAUGCGUAAAACCUCCUUCAAUUGUUUCUACGUGCAAGAGCAUGCUACAUUUGCUUUACCAGCUGAGAUAGAAGAGCUGCCGAUUCAAAUCCAAGAACAGCUGUACGACGAAUUGUUAGAUCGCGAUGCACAAAAACAGCUUGAGAACCCUCCUCCCGCACUUAAUUGGUCGUUGGAGAUCACAGCCCGUUUGGGCUCACGCUUGUUGGUAUUAUGGAAUCGCAGUGCCGGCGACUGCCUCUUAGACUCGGCAAUGCAAGCAACUUGGGGUGUAUUUGACCGCGACAACACCCUUCGACGCGCCUUGGCAGACACUUUGCAUCAGUGUGGCCCAAUUUUCUAUCCGCGUUGGAAGGAGUACGAAAAGUGGCAGGCAUCAAUGUUGCAAUUUACCUUGGAAGAUGCCCAGUGGCAAGAUGACUGGAGUAAUUUGCUAUCGUUAGCCAGCCAGCCGGGCUCAUCAUUAGAGCAGUUACAUAUAUUUGCGUUGGCCCAUAUACUGCGACGACCAAUCAUCGUUUACGGUGUGAAAUAUGUAAAAAGUUUCCGUGGCGAGGAUAUUGGCUAUGCGAGGUUCGAAGGUUUGUACUUGCCUUUAUUUUGGGAUCAAAAUUUCUGCAUAAAAUCGCCUAUUGCUCUGGGAUAUACCCGCGGACAUUUCAGUGCAUUAGUACCGAUGGAGCCAUUUGCUCGCAUUGAUCCACGCAGAGAUGAACCAGAAGAUGUUCGUUAUUUACCUUUGAUGGAUUGUGAAUCAAAACUAUUGCCAAUACACUUCUUAACACAGGCAGAGAUGGGUCGCGAAGAGGCUAUUAUGAGACAGUGGCUAGAUGUGUGCGUUACUGAUGGAGGUUUACUUGUGGCGCAGCAGAAAUUGCGAAAACGACCGCUGUUGGUUGCACAAAUGCUGGAAGAAUGGUUAAAUCACUAUCGAAGAAUCGCUCAAGUUAUAACAGCACCAUUUGUACGGCGACCGCAACAAACCGGCUAUUCAAGUGAGGGUGAUUCCGAUGAAGAAUAGGCACGGGCACAAUCUAGUUGCAAUUCUACUUGGGGACAACAUUCA